AAGAUGGCGGCGGCUGCGGCUGCUGCUGCUGCGGCUGGAGCUGCUCCGGCGGCGGUUGCGGGGGCCGCUCCGCUGGGGAAGGGGCUGGACAUCAGCCUGGCGGCCCUGCAGCGCCAGGACCCCUACAUCAGCGGCAUCGUGGACGUGGCCAGCCAGGUGGCGCUCUACACCUUCGGGCACCGCGCCAACGAAUGGGAGAAGACUGAUGUGGAAGGAACACUGUUUGUUUACGCAAGAACAGCUUCACCGAAGUAUGGAUUCACCAUUAUGAACAGACUGAGCAUGGAAAAUCGGACAGAACCCAUAACUAAGGAUCUGGACUUCCAACUACAGGACCCUUUCCUUCUUUACAGAAAUGCCAGAUUGUCCAUUUAUGGAAUUUGGUUUUAUGAUAAAGAAGAAUGUCAAAGAAUUGCAGAGCUCAUGAAAAAUUUAACUCAGCAAGAACAACUGAAAGCACAGCAGGGGACUGGCAUGGGAAUUUCCCCUGUUAGCCUGACUUCAGGUGACAACAAAGAAGUGGAUAUCCUACGGAUGCUCACUAAAGCCAAAGAUGAAUAUACCAAGUGCAAGGCAUGUUCUGAGCCCAAACAAAUAACCAGCUCUUCUGCUAUAUACAACAACCCAAACUUGAUCAAACCAAUCCCAGUGAAGCCUAGUGAAACUCAGCACCAGCAUAACACAGAUCCUGAACCACAGCACUUAUCCCUAACAACACUCUUUGGAAAGCAGGAAAAAUCUAGCAUGUACCAAGAUGCCUCCGACCUGUCACAGAAGCUUCUGCAAGAUAACUUUCCUCCCAGGCAGGGAGUUGUCCGCUCUUUGUCCUACGAGGAGCCUGGCAGGCAUUCGCCCACAACAGAGAAGCAGCUUUGCCCAGCCAUUCAAAAACUCAUGGUGCAUGGCGGGGCUGAGCUUCACCCAGUUUCUGAACUCCCUGAAAAUCGACUGUGUGAGAAUGGCAGCCUCCAUACUGGAGGCAAGGUUUUUACCGGACUCUUCCAGCCCAUGGCUUCUCAUGGUGUUUGUAGGACGUCUCAUCCGGUCCGCAAUGCAGCCAGCACUCAGAGCCUGCUGCAGCAACUGCAGGGUCAGUCAGGACAGGUAACUAAAAUGGAGACCAGCAACUCAGUGCCGCCAUGCUCAGCUGCACCCAUCUUCAGCAGAACUGCUCCUCCUCCUUCAAUAGCCCAGGUCAAGAGUGUGACACAGCCACCUGUGAUGUAUUUCAAUGGCUCUGUCCCAAGCCAGACUUUGGGGUCUCCUCCAGUCCUUGGCAAAGAACAAUCCAAACUUCCUGGGCAAUCCCUUCCUCUCUCUGGGAACCCAUCUGGCAACUCUGGAGUAAUUUCACCACAGGAGUUGCUAAAGAAACUCCAGAUUGUUCAGCAGGAGCAACAGUUACAUGUCUCCAGUCGGCCAACCUUGGCAGCUAAGUUUCCUGUAGUUACUCAGAGCACUACCUCUCUGAAACCAUUGGAUUCCUGGAUGGACAAAGCUUCGAACACAGAAAAGCAGCUCCCUCUUUUUCAGGUUAUCUCACCACAGCGGAUUCCUGCAACCAUAGCUCCAUCACUCCUGAUGUCCCCAAUGGUGUUUAGUCAGUCUGCCCCAGCUCCACCAAAUCCAAAUGAAAGUGGAUGGCUGCCAGUUGUGAACCAAGAAGCUAUUUCUAGUUCAGGAAGCCUUCUCCUGCCUCUGCAUAACCCUGAACCCCCCAUUGGAAACAGCAGUCCACUGACAAAGCUGCAGCUGCAGGAAACAUUACUGCAUCUGAUCCAGAAUGAUGACAACUUCCUAAACAUCAUCUACGACGCAUACCUUCUCAGCGUGAGAAAAGCAGUCCUGAAAAAGCCUAUGUAAAGCAUAAUUUUUUAAACCAGUGUAUGCCCUGAACUUGCCUUUUUAAAAAUAAUUACUGUUACAGGAAAUGAGAAGCCCUUGGCUUUCUGCAACCUUUCAGUGCUUUUUAGCAAGCAGGUGAUGUCCUGAGAAAUCAGUGGGUGGGAACUGAUAGUGCCUUGCUGGAGCUGGGACUCGAUCACAAAUUUGAAAUACCUUAUAAUGUUUUUUCUAACAUGAGCUCCUAUGCCAGAUUGCAUAAAUUUUGAAAUUUUGUCUUUGGCUUUCCGAUCCUUUGGUAUGUUUCCUUUAAAAUUCAUGUUGGACAUUUGCUCCCUGGGUACUUUGCUGGGAAUUUCCCCCUUCAUACAAAAGAAAUUCUUGUAUUAUGCAGUAAAAUCUGCAAAGAAUGGUAGUUGUUGCUGAUCAACAGAUGAUAGCCUAGGACAGUUGUUUAAAGAAACUGAAGAUGUCCUGAGAGUUUGGACUGGAAGGCAGAUCAUUGUUUUAUAGAGCUAAAUGACCAUGCUAGAGCCACAUUCCUUCCUAUGAUUUUGCCCACUGUCAUCCGAAUUCAUAGGUCAUUGAAGUUAUAUAGAAACCUACAAGCACGUUUGACCAGAGAUGUCAACAGGGUAGAAGUACAAGGGACAAUAUGAGAAAUGAUGUCUCUUACAUACCAAUUUCAGUUAUUCAAUCAAUCAAUUUGUAUUUGUCCUCUAUAAAUUCCCAGCAGGCCACUGGUUUUAAAUAUGGCAAGGCACAAAAUGGGCUACCCUGGAAAAGAGAACAUGGGAAGGGUGAAAAGAAGACUUGUUGUGCCAUGGAUCCAAGAGGACCUGGUGUACCUAUGCGUUGCUUGGUAACACAAACAUGUCACUUAUCCCCACACUGUGUACAUCAGAGAGAGAGGGGCAGUCCUCAACAUAGAAAGUUGAGCACACAAAAUUCCCAUUAAAAUCAAUGUGCGCUGAUAGGAUUCCACUGAUCUGCAAAAUGCUUGCUGCAACUCAGUCCCAAAUGACCUACAGUGUGCUAAUGAUGAGAUAAGUCUAAUUUUCUCUUUUUUAAAACAAGCAGACCUCCUUUUGUAAGCAAAUAUUUUUCUAUUUUGUGACUGGACUAUUCAUAGCAGGCAGCAGAUGAAGAAAUUUUAGCCCGUAGAAGGUAGGCCUUAGUUUCCAGCUGUCUUGCUGUUUGGUGUAGUUAUAAGCCAUUGUGAGGCUGUGAUGCUUCUCUGUGCUUCUAGAAGAUAGCUACAUCAUUUUAACACAUUUUGUUGAAACUCGCAAAAUUAAUGAUGAAUAGUGUCAUUUUCACAGUGUUCCAUGAGCAGAUGGACAAUGGUUUCAAUUACUCAUUUGCAAUAAAAAUAAAAAGAGUAUACAGAU